GCACUUGAUUCAUGUCAUGGAUUCUCUUUCAUUCUCGUCUUCUCUCACAUUUCAUCUUUCCUUCUUAUGGCACAGCUGUCUUUCUCUUCCAGGAUAUACCGAGAGCCGUAUUCAUAUGUUAUGAUCUCCCGCCUUUCCGUUUCGACCGUUUCCUCUGGAGCUAUAUCACUGUUCGUUUAUAGGUUCCUGUCCCUAAUUCUCCACCAUGCCUCAACUGUUGGCGCUCAGACAAGUCCCGAGGCAAACACUCGUAUGCCCUUUGCUCAAAUUGGCUCGAGACUCUAUGUCCAAGGUGGUUCAAAAAGCGGGCCUUUUUUCUCUGUUGAUCUCGUAGAUCUUGCAGCAUCAUGGCCUUUUGAUACUGUCCGUUGGGCGGUCCAUAAUUAUGGAGAGUUCACAAGCGACCACGCGCAUCACGGCAUAGGCAUCAACCAAACGCUUUACAUGAAGGGUAGGACUGUUAUUCAGGAUAGCUUUCGGGCCAAUGUCGCUGAUUCGAAUGCGAAAUGGAGUCUUGUUCCUACCCCUGAGCCGAGGUUGUGUAGAACCCUGCAGGACUAUGCUAUAGACCCUCGAAAUGGAAUAAUAUACAGUUUCGCCUUUCUCUCUAACAAUACCAUGUGCCUGCUUGGUGAUUUCGAAAAGGGAUGGGAAACUCGCCUCGUCAGUAAUGGCUCGCUAACGGUUGUACCCGAAUUUAUUGGGGCUGCUUACAACAGCAACAGGAAUAGUGUUAUAGGGGGCUACAGGCUCGAAGAAGAUACAUCAACGGCGUAUGUCACAGAAUAUCGAAUCGACUCAAACUCAUGGUCAACUAUUCCUGUGAAAGGACAAGUUCCUGCCACAAGGGAGGCGAAUUGCAUGAUCAUUAAUGAGGAUAAUACAAAGAUUGUUGUCUUCGGAGGCUUCACUCCUGCAACUCGCGGUCCCUCAGGCUUUGUUGUUCCUUCUUCAGAAAUCUUUGUCCUUGAUCUCAAUUCAGGAGAGUGGAAGAAGGGUCCUGAUGCAGCUGAACCACGAGCCAGUGCUGCCUGUGGCCUUGCUGGUGAUCGGUUUGUAGCCUGGGGUGGUGAAAAAGAUUCGACGAGCGACCCAUAUGAUUCGAUCGUUGUGUUUGAUCUGGCCAAGUUUGAGUGGCUUAAGGCUUCCUCAGACGACCAUCCAUCUUCUACACCCUCUUCCGGCCCAUCAUCUUCAGGUAUCCCUACAACUAAGGCUUCAAAUACUAAUAUUGGAGCGAUAGCAGGCGGAGCAGUAGCAGGGUUAGUCUUGGUAGCAUUGAUCGUAGCUGUCCUCAUCUAUAGAAGGCGAAAGCAGAGGUUGGGUGAAGGGCAUGGACCCAUUAAACAGAAGAUAGUCGAACAUAAAGACAACUCAGGCGAGUUAAGUGAAGACGAAGCAUACUACAAGAAUGAACUCACAUACCAAAACCCUCAGUUCAUCUCAUCACCACGCAGUCCUCAAGAGUACCCCUAUUUGGGACGGGAUCCGCAGGAAGCGCCGGGUUUCACUCAUGGCCAUGAUCAAGAUAAUAUGGAUCGUAUUUAAGAGGAAUAGUUUGAACAAUUAGUAGUAUGUACUAUAGACAUUUAAAUAAUUUGAAUGAUGCCAGAAUGCAAUAUUGUAUUUAUCUCAAAUAGAUAAUAAUUU